GAGAGAUGUGCGGACGCUAAACAUCCAAUGGAUGCGUGGACAAAUCGGCUAUGUGGGCCAGGAACCAGUUUUAUUUGCCGGCACUAUCGCAGAGAAUAUUGCCAUGGGCGCUGCACUCGUCCCCAAUCCCGAUUUUGAUCAAGACUAUCCGCACGAUGUCUUCCACAACAGACGCUUCUUGACUCAGGAGGUGACCCAGAACGACAUUGAGCGUGCCUGUGAGAUGGCCAAUGCGCACGACUUUAUCUGCCACAUGCCGGACGGCUACCAGACACAGAUAGGCGAGGGAGGCGGCAUGCUGAGUGGUGGACAGAAGCAACGUAUUGCUAUCGCCCGAGCGCUUAUUCGCGAUCCAAAGAUCCUGCUGUUGGACGAGGCCACAUCGGCGUUGGACGUGAAGAGUGAAGCGGUAGUGCAGGCAGCCCUGGACAAAGCAAGCAGGGGUCGCACUACUAUAAUAAUUGCCCACCGACUCACGACAGUCCGAAAAGCCAACACCAUUGUAUUCUUGGACCAAGGACAGAUUCUGGAGUCCGGAUCACACGCGGAGUUGAUGGCGAAAGGGGGUGAGUACGCAGACUUUGUUAAGCUGCAGGAAGGUGACGCUCCAAACAAACGCAAGCCAUCCAUUAUCUCCGAGACCAGCUUCACCUCAUUGACAGACGACACACAGACCGCAAUUACUAUCGUAGAGGCGACAAUCUCUCGCGAAGAGGAGCGUGCUGCGUUGGAGCUGGUAAAGAACGAGGACGAGAUCAUGCUCAAGAAACUCAAUCGCACGACCAAGAAAACACCCGAGGAGAAGGAUGCCGAGAAGCACUUUUUUAAGGUGAUCAUGAUUCAGCGUCCCGAGUGGUGGCUUCUGUUCGUUGGUUUCGUUUGUGCCAUAAUCAGUGGUGCUAUGUGGCCGAUGUUCGCCUUUGCUUUCGGAGAGAUGCUGUGGGUAUUCAUCACAGUGGAUACCGAACGUUCGAUGUUCUACGUGUGGCUGUUCUUUCUCAUCGGCUGCAUUGCCUUUGCGUCCAACUUCUUCAUGCACACGGCCAACGGCUAUGUGGCCGAGAAACUCACCCGACGAUUGCGGGAGAAGACCUUCAGGUCGUUGAUGCGACAGGAUAUUGGGUUUUUCGACCAAGAGGAACACAGUGUGGGUGCUCUAUCAGUGAAUCUCUCGACAGAUGCCGCGAAUGUCUCCAAUCUGACUGGCGGUGUGAUUAUAGCUCAGACGAUGAUGUUCACCACCGUACUGACUUCAGUUGCAAUUGGAUUUGCCUCGUGCGCUCAAUUGGCGGCGGUUAUGUUUGCAACUAUACCAGCCACAGGCCUUGCAGCGUAUUUGGGAAUCAGAUUGUCCAGAACGGUGGAAGCCAAGGCGUUGUUGUCGAUGGACAAUGCAAAUACAAUUGCAGGGGAAUUCUUGGCCUCAGUUCGAACGGUCACUUACUUGGGUGUAAGCGAAAACGUAUGUCUGUAUUAA